GAUGAUUUGCUAAAAGAAACACACAGGCACAGAUAAUUCCUGCUCCAGUACACAAGUGUUGCAGCCGUAUAAGCACACCACUCAAGUUUUCGUAUUUUCCAAUUCUCUCACGCGAUAGUGCACCAAUCUUUCCCGGGGUCUCGUUUUCCGUUUAAACACUAAAGGAGUAAUGCACUGAUCGAUAUCGCUGUUUAACAAUUCUAAACGUCGUUUCUAGUGUUUUUUCUUCAGUGCUUUGAAAACAACGGACAGUGGUUAACAUUGGAUUAUUACCUUCACGUACUUGUGGAUUAAUACGAUAUCGAAGUUGUAAGUGCAGAAUGUUUUCUGAUGGUGGACGGUUUUGUCGACAGGACGACAGGAGCUGCUGCUCUGAUGACUCUGGGAGUGAUGUCUUCAGGAGUGUUCCCAAAAAUAGAACUGCAUUUUUCGUAUGGAAAAUUGAGGGACUUCGAGCGAUGUCUAUUCCUAGGAGUAAAAUGGGAAUUUUUUUAUCGGAGUCAGCAUAUAUAAUUUAUGCAGUUUCUCCGAAGGAUGGAGGGCUGCCCUAUCCGGGAAUGCCGCUAAAGGACUUGAAGAGCAACAACACAGUGCGCACGAUUCACUUCUGGAUCGGUAGCAGUUGUGACUCGACGAUAUCUGGAGCUGCUGCUCUUCGAGCCGCCGAACUUGACUCCCAGAUCUCUGCAACAAUACUUCUUCGUGAGUCAGAAGGUCGUGAAUCGGCCCGGUUCCUUGCAUACUUCCGCCAGGAGCUCACCAUCGAGCGGAUACACUUCGAACGUCCGGAGGUGACCCUUCACCGGGUUACAGGUCUCUCCAUGCCGAUCCUUACCGAACUGGAGACUCCUCGCUGGGAGGAUUUCUCUUCCAGCGAUGUGAUGCUUCUGGACACUCAGAUGAGAGGCAUUGUCUUCCUCUGGUUAGGUUCGGGGGCCAACUCCCUGCAUAAAAGACAUGCAUUACGACUCCUGGAAGUUCGGAAGGAGAACAAUAACGCGAGGGUGGUCAUUGUCGAUGAUGGAUACGAGCAGACCAUUCGAGGAGAUGACAAACGACUUUUCGAUAGUAUUUUAGACCCUAAGGAACGUGCGGUACUACCGCAACCUCCCAGGAAAAUUCCUCACUCAUCUCCGAUCAAACUCUACAAAUGUUGCGAGCAGUCUGGGAAGUAUAAAGUGGCGGAACUCAAGUCCGGACCGAUUUUUAGAAGCGAUCUCGUGUCAAGUGCUGUCUUCCUGAUUGAUAGGGGUGAGAGAGGCGUUUGGGCAUGGGUUGGCCGUGAAGUGGACGCCCGGGAGAAGCUGGAAGCAGUGCGAAAUGCUCGUGGUUUUGUAAAGAAAAAGGGCUACAGCAGCUGCGUUCCAGUGGCUCGUGCCCUAGAGGGCGAAGAGCCAUCCGAACUUAAAACCCUGAUACGUAACUGGGAUCCAGUAAAGUCCCGGCCUUUGACUCUUCCCCCGUCUUUCGAGCCUGAGUAUAUGACGGAGAGGCCCAAAAUGGCAGCUGAGUGUCAACUCGUUGACGACGGAAAUGGACGAAGGAUACUCUGGAGGGUCUCCAAGAAAGACGGCAUGAAGGAAGUCAACGAGCACGGAACAUUAGCUGGAGUUUACUUUGCUGGGCUCUGCUAUGUCAUGAAGUACUGUUACGGAAGUGGAAGGAGAGAAAGGACUAUUAUUUAUUGCUGGGAGGGAGCGCAUUCUACGAGCGUUGAUCGUGAAUUUGCACUGGAGGCUGCUUGCAGAUUGGCUGAAGAGACUUCAGCACAAUUGGUGAAAGCUUCACAAGGUCGUGAACCCCCGCAUUUACUUCAAAUUUAUGGUGGCAAGCUUCGAAUUUUGUCUGGACAACAUCAAGAAAUUUUGUCGAAGAAAUACCUGGUGAGAGUCUUUGGGUCAACCCCCUACACAUCAAAAGCUGUGGAGAGACCCUUGCGAGCAAAUUCAUUAGAUUCUGGCGGAGUUUUCAUUCUUUUUUCCAAUUCUCCAGUGGUUUGGUGUGGGGGCAGGAGUACUGGAGAUGCUAGAGAAGCUUCCAGACGUUUAGCACCGAGUACAGCACCGUUGGUGGCUGAGGGCAAGGAGGAUGACGAAUUUUGGAUGCAGUUGGGAGGAAAAGGAGAAUAUGGAUCCGAGUCAAACGACCUGGGAGAGGAGUCAGGAAAGCACUUGUACCACUGCGAAGUGUCCGAGGGAGUAUUCGUCGGUGAAGAAGUCCUUGGUUUUACCCAGAGCAGUCUUCUCCCUGAGGCAGCUUGGCUUCUGGACGUCGGAGGAGCUAUCUGGGUGUGGCUGGGUAAUUUGUCAGAAUCGAAGGGUACGAGGAAGUGUCUCCAAGAAGCCUUGACGUUCUUAUAUACCCACCCAGCAGGCAGAGACAGGAACACUACGAUUACAGUCAUCAGACAGGGUUUGGAGCCUCCAACAUUCAUUGGACUGUUUGAAAAUUGGAAUCACAACCUUCUGAGGGACUACAGAUCCUUCGACCUCACCAGGAUGUCUCUUCAAGGGCAAGAGGCUGUGGUGAACCACCAUGGGAGGGAAUCGACCGAUUUCGAUGCUUACAGCAAGUACCCACUCAGGAUUCUCAAGAUGGAGCCUGAACAUCUCCCCAGUGGUGUUGAUGUAUUCAAGAAGGAGUUGCAUCUUACCUAUGAUGACUUCAUAUCGAUUUUUAAGAUGAAUCCUGUAGAGUUUGAAAAACUUCCUGCUUGGAGGCGUCAGAGACUGAAGCAAGCUGCUGGGUUAUUUUAAUUGUGAGGCAGAGGUUGUUAAGAUUAAUAGAUUCAUGAAUCACGAUAUCUUAUUGCAAUUUAAGUUAGUAGGUGUUUUUGUAAUAAAUAUUAAACAGUGAUGACAUGUUUUGAGCUGUAAAAAUAUAUAGAAUUUUCUAUCACCUCUAUUUGUUGUUAAUUUCCCUACAGAAAAGUUUGCAUAUGCAAUAUUCAUAACCCGUGAAAAAAUGAAAUAAA